AUGGUGCUGCACAAAUCCAUCACGUGGGAGGACAACAUUGCCAUGCGUAGCAAUUUACGAAUCCUUAACGUUUACGGAAUGAUCGGCCGCAGUGGCCCACAAACGGUUUUGGCAAUGGUCAGUAUGACCGUGAUUACGGUUCAGAUGUUUUUGCAAAUAACUGCCAUAUUUGAUGCCCUGUUUGCUAUUACGGCGCUUAGCGUGCUCAUCAAAGCUGCCAUAGUGCUAUGCUUCGAAGCAGAAUAUCGUACCUUCUAUGUACAGGUCCAGCAGAUGACAGAUGACAUUAAUAGGGAAAAGAUCGACGCAUUCACGGCUCACCUGGAACGUUCGAAACGAUCCGGACUUCUGUACUCGAAGCUGAUGAAUAUUUGUUGCAUUAUUGGUGCUUUAGUCUUCUGUUCCUUCUGUUUCCUGUUCCCUAACGAAGACGGCAGUCGUCGGAUGAUCUACGAUACGUGGGCCCCAUUUGAUCAGCAGAUAUCGCCAAACUUCGAACUAAGCUGUGCGUUCCAAGUCUACGUAACGGGAGUGUGUUUAUUUUUUCAUUUGGCCACUAACAACCUAUCCAUUCAGACACUGAUGUUUUGCGGUGCAUUGUUUAGUAUUCUAAUCGAGAGACUUUCGAUGGUUUUUGAAGACGUCGAAAAGCUGUUCAAACUUCGACAGUCGUCUACGGCUGAUGAAGCAGAAAUGAUUCAAUUAGCGGAGGAUAUUGACGUUAAAAUGGGUAAUCUAAUUGCGGAGCAUAUUAGUGCGAUGCAUUUUUUGAACCUAGCAGCACCGAAUCUAUCCUACAUCUUGGGAACAGACUUUGUUUGCUACACUUUAGUCAUCUGUACACAAAUGUUUACGUUCUCGCUAAUGGAAGAAGUCGGCCAGCAAAUCACCAUACUGUUUAUAGCCGGACUUUCCUGCGCUUCGGCUUUUCUGUGGAAUUACCACGCCGAAUUGGUCCGUACCAAAAGUGAAGACUUUUGCCGCCAGCUGUAUGCAGUCCGGUGGGAGUUGGCUAACCGGAAGGUACGAAAGGCGAUUCAGUUUAUGAUUGCCCGCGCUCAGCAACCAAUUCAGCUCAACUUGCUGCAUAUUCUGCCCAUCGGAAUGGGUCGAAUUGUGCAAAUGAUGAACACUUCGUAUACUUAUUUUACGCUACUGAGGACACUUUACGAUUAG